UUGGGGUUAAUUUGCGUGUAACUUUACGCUCGUACCGGACAGCUGCCACACACUGGACUCGGACUGAGCCGAACUGUCGUUCCUGUGAUGCCCCAGGGCGGGCUGAACUGGUCGGGGUUGCGAUGCCGUAUGUGGACCGACAGAAUCGCAUCUGCGGCUUCCUGGACAUCGAGGAGAAUGAGAGCAGCGGCAGGUUUCUGCGCCGAUACUUCAUCCUGGACACUCAACAGGGAAGCCUGCUGUGGUACAUGGACAACCCACAGAAUCUGCCUAAAGGGACAGAGAAGGUGGGAUCUCUCAAACUUACCUACAUCUCCAAGGUCAGCGAUGCCACCAAACUCAGACCGAAGGCAGAGUUUUGCUUUGUUGUAAAUGCAGGAAUGAGGAAGUUUUAUCUGCAGGCCAACGACCAGCAGGAUUUGGUGGAAUGGAUCAGUGUCCUCAACAACGCCACCAAGAUUACUGUGCCAAAACCAGGCGAGGGCCAAACAACCGCCCAUGCAGAGACUCCCCAGGAAGUUCUUGGAGCCAUGAAACAGGUCUCCUACAAGACUGAAAUCAUAGGAGGAGUCCCUAUAAUCACCGCUACACAGGAGCAGGGGGAGGAGCAGAACGAGGCGGAGCGGGGAGGUUUGAAGCGAGGUCAGAAUACACUGCCCUACUUCCUGUCCAGAGGAGUGCAGGACCAGGCCAUCAAGGCCGGAUACUGUGUCAAACAGGGAGCUCUGAUGAAGAAUUGGAAGAGGAGAUACUUCAUGCUGGAUGAAAACGCUGUCAGCUACUUCAAAUCUGACCUGGAGAGGGAGGCACUGAGAGGCAUCCCGUUGAAGGAGAUUCACAAAGUUCAGGAGUGCAAACACAGUGAUCUGAUGAUGAGGGACAACCUGUUUGAAAUGGUCACCAGCUCCAGAACCUUCUACAUACAGGCUGACAGUCCAGAGGACAUGCACAGCUGGAUUAAGGCCAUCUCAGGGGCGAUCGUUGCUCAGCGCGGCCCAGGACGCUCUGCUAACACUAUCCGUCAGGCCAGAAGGCUGUCCAGUCCUUGUAUACAGAGGUAUACGCCAUUCUGCAGUGGUGAAUGCAGCACGAACACAGUGACUACUCCCCUCCCUCCCCAACAUCCUCCACCUUCUACUACCCCUUCGAGCCGGAACUACAACCCCCACAAUCCUCCUCCGGCACCGCAUCAGCGGGCCCUCAGCUUCACUCUGGACACGCACCACCAGGACAACUUCCUGGGCCUGCUCCCGUGGAGGCUGAGUGGCGUCCAGCCUGUGAUGAUGCCCUUACCUUCGGCGCGCUCCCGCCUGUCGCUGCAGGAGACGGUGCAGUCGUCGAAGUAGCAGAGGAGGAGGAGUCACCGUGGAAACGGCGCAGCGAAAUCGCUCGGCUGGGGUUUGUCGGCAGCGGUGGUGGGGAGGAGCUGAACAGUCGCACCACCAAGACUUCUGACCUGCAGAUGACCCUGAUUUGACGAUGCAGAUGAUUGAUAAUCAUACACAUACACACUCCUUCACAAGCUCCAUGUGCGGAGACUGCUGUGCGUGCUUCGUGACUACCUGACCGGCCAAAUGAACCUUCUACAAGACUUCCUGGGACCAUUCUUUUGUAUGUGUGUGCACACGUGGAGUAGGACCUUCUUCCUCUGCUCUUUUCUCCUUCCCUUUUGUCUUCCUGGAUAUUAUUUACAAACAAAACCUGCUGUCGUGCAAAGAAAAAAAUCUUCGAUAUUGUACAGUGAAGUUUUGAAAUGUUUCAGUAGCGCAAACACCAGGAACCCUGCUCAUCGCACGAUGAUGGGCUGGUUUCGUGAUUCAUGUAAGAAACAGACAAACCAAAGUUUGCAGUCAUGUGUUGUUGUUUUUUACAAGCAGCGGCUCAGAUGUUACAGUGUCGACUCCGCUGAGAGACUGACUAAUCCAGCUUCUCACUUUAUUUUGUUCAACAAUCCCGCUUGAUGUUAAUAACUCUUCAAUCUUAAAUUUCCUCUGGAGAACCUUUACUUUGUCUCACUCACCUAAAAGGUCAUCCUGUCAAACACAAGCUUUAGAGAUCCAAAGUCCAGAUACACUGAGCGUGCACUUAUUGACCAAUACAUUUACUGCUGUUGUCGAAAGAAGUUGAAUCUGUAAAAUGUUUAAAAAAACAAGGAGCAACAAAACAUCAUGGUCUUUUUGAAGACAGUUAAUGGAUUUUUAAAAAGUAAUCAUAAGCCAGGAGGUCAUACGUUAGGGCCUGGUCACUGGUGAAAUGAGAUGACAAAAUAGCUCAAUUUCAAAAGCACUCGCUACAAUCAAUGGAUUCACUCGUGGAGCUGAACGAAUUCUGCUUAUGUGUAGAGUUACACUCUAAAGUCCAACAUGGAAAAAUCAUAUUGUUGCAGCAUGACCUCACUCAUUAAGGUUUCUUUUCAUCUAUAGUGCAAUCAUUGCAUCAUCUACAAAUGCAGUAUCUAUGAAAGUAUGUGGGUUUUACAUGCAAGUGAAAACACUCGAUUUAUAAAAUGCCAACGUUUCUUAAAAAGGAAACCCGCUCGGCUUUCAGAAUUGUCAAGAUGAAUUUAGAACAUUUUCUAAAUUCAUAGAAAAUUGUCAACUAUUUUGGUAAUCGAUUAAUCAUUAAAGUAAUUUUUAAUGCGAAAAUAGCAGAAAAGGCAGUUUAUAGCUUUCAGCUUUUCUCUGUUUUAUACAGUCUUAAAGUGAAUAUCUUUGGGUUUUGGACUGAAAACAACACAUUUAAGGACAUGGCCUUGGACUUUGAGAAACUGGGAUGGACCAUUUUCUGACAUUUUAUAGACCAAAUAAUCUAUUAAUCCAGAAAAGAAUGGGCAGAUUAAUCUAUAAUAAUUGUUAGUUGCAGCCCUAAAAUCUUUCAACCGGGGCAAAUGCCUGAAAUGUACAAAAGCAGUGACAUUGACGACUUUGAUAAAUGCACAUUCUUCGCUGUGCAAAGCACAAGAGACUCUUAGCUGCUUCCAGUAAAACAUCUAAAUGUUUCUGGUCAAAGUAAAGAUGAGACGACUUAAAGCGGCAGUAAUAAAAGGCUGCUGUAGACUGAAGUGUUGAGGAGCUGCUUUUUGUUCCGCUCACCAGCUUUAAUCACCUCCUGCACUGUAUCACCGUUUCUUUGUAACUCCAUCAGAUGUUGAUGUAUUUGUGUAAAUGUUUUUAGUUUAAAGAUGUGGGGUGUUCUGACUCCAACUCAUAUUGUUGAUCUGGUAAAUGUUGUUUUUGGACUUGAGGGAGCUGCAAGAAAGCAAAAAACUCAGCAGCCAUUUUCUUGUUUAGUCGCUGCACACUGGGUGUUGGAAGCUGGUUUUGGGUGAUUUUUUUUCCUGUUCUUAUGUGCUUUUAGUUGAAUUAUUCACAGUGAUGAAUUGCUUUGGGGGGAAAAAAUCUACAUAUAUAUAUAUGUUGUUUACUGACUUUUAUAAACACGUGUGUCCCCCCCCCCACACACACACACACAGACACAGACACACACACCGACACACACACCACUGUUGUUCCCUGUUAAACAUAAGCUGGGUAAAGUGCCUGCAUUGUUCUUUCUAAAGAGUUGAUAAAGAUGAGCUGUUUUGACCCUUUUUAAUGUGUACUGGAUUCUAACACCAUGUGCUCUGUUUAUUAAAAGAAAUUAGAAAAUGAUUUUAA